CAGUGAUACUGGAGAAGGCUUGGGGUGGGUCUGUGGUUUAUGGCAAUUAUCCAGAGGGAGGUAGGAGUAGAAUCAGCCUUCUGUCUGCAGCUACUGAUUUACAGAACACACAGUGGACAGGAGUGAGGGAGGAGGAAGAGAGAUUAAUAAAGAGAAAAAAAACCCUCACAGUACACCUGAACAAGGAGUGGUUAAGCCUGAAAAACAGGAUCAUGUUGGAGUUUCAAUAUGGCGUUUUGACAAAACUCUGGUGAAAAGUGACUUUGUUUUUUUAUACCGAGGUUGGAGGCAGCUGUAUCUGUAUCUAAGCUCAAGAUCCGUGCACGAGAGAUCACCAUGGUCAGAAGGAAGAUGUGGUACUACUGAGUGAAGCUACGUCUCUCCUUCCAAAGGGGAGUGAAGACCUCGUCGCCUGCUGGCUUUCAGAGGAGGGUUAAGAGACAAUGAAUCAUGAAAACACUGUCAGGAAACUGCUCCCAUUGAAGUCAACACAAGCAUUUUCUGCGAAUGCAUGCAGGGUCUUGCUAGAUGUUCUGGAAGUCUUCCACAAGCCAACACUAGACCGAAGUGAUACUGCAAAGGAGGCAGCUGGUUGGAGGGAACAGUACAUGUACAAAGGAAUAAAAGAACCUCAUCAUUUAAAGUUGUCAUGGCAACGACACCUCAAUUAAUGAAUACGACAUUAUCACCAGUAAAUAUAACAACAAAGUCACAGGAGCAGAUUCUAUAUCAGAGUGCGGGUGCAAUAGUUGCUGCCAUAGUUGUAGGAGUAAUUCUCAUAUUUUCACUGGUGCUGAUUAUACUGAAGAUGUAUAAUAGACAUACAAGGACAGAAAGGGAACUAGGUAUGAGAAGCACCAAAACCGCAAACAAUCCAAGCUCACGAGGUCACAACAGCUCCGUCAGUCAGCCCACAUCCAUAACCUCUAUUCCACCCGACAUCCAGCUUGAGAACCGGUGACCAGGGCAAUGUUCUUUAUCAUGAGACGAUGAAGUUACAGACUUUCAUUGGUUAAGAGCUUGAGCUAUUUUAGGAUUAUAAUAUGCAAAUGACUGGACUUUGUUGGACACUGAGGAUCCAGAUGUGAGCAGAAUGACUUUCCAUUAGGAAGAUGUCCACAGUCAGUUUUUGCAAUUACAGCACCUUCCGUAUGUAGACAGAAAGCAAACUCUUAUCUUGUACAUAGGUAGCCAGUGUAUAUGAAUGAAUGCCUCAUUUAUAUUGCAUGGUUUUUCAAUGUUGUUGGGGAGUACUCCUUGUUGCACACCCAUGUGUUUUCUACUCUUUUUCCUGAUGCCUCAUUCCAGUGUAAGCCAAUUGGAACUUGACCAUUGAGGAUAUAGCGGGCAAAACUUAAUCUUGCUGUUCUUACUGUAGUCAUGCAGCGUGUAUAUUAGGGUAACAUAAGUAAACCUGGAAGAGUGACUGUGCAAAUGUAAUAGCUUUUAUAUAUAAUAUGUAUUUAUUUAUAGAGAGUGCGCAAAUCUUUGAAUAUGAUGUCUUACUAAAACUAGAAAUGGAAAGAAAUGUUGAUGUUUUCUCUCUUACUGUAUUAUGUGCCUACACAUCUGUCCCACCUUUCAUCGUUUAUAGCUUAGUUUCAAACCUGUUUUAAUUACCUUUUAUCUACCUCCUCCAUUCACCCACCUCACUCCAUCCUACUUUUUACAAUGCUUUUUUAUUUUAUUUAUAAUUUUACUAGAAAUAUAAAAA